AACUCCCCGUUCCUGCCUGCAUAAUUAAGUAGGCAGGAAGCAGGAAGUGCAUCUACAAACAAGUCUUAAGCAGCCACGUCAGGGAAACUGAAGCUUGGUGGAGGCAGAAACGUUGAGAUCUUUUUUAUUUCGUUUUAAAUAUCACAGUGACUUGUAGAUUUUUUUUUUCCGUCUGGUCGUCUGACAGCCACUGUGUACGUCUGAAGAAGUCUUACUGAAGGGUUCUGAAGAGUCGGUGUCUUAGUAGUAUUGCAAAGAUGUCAGACAUUGGGGACUGGUUUAAGAGCAUCCCUUUUAUCACCCGAUACUGGUUUGCAGGAUCAAUCCUGGUGCCACUGAUUGGAAAAUUAGGUAUCAUCAGUCCUGUGUACCUGGUUCUGUGGCCGGAUGCUUUUAUUAACAAAUUUCAGAUAUGGAGACCGAUCUCAUCAACGCUGUAUUUCCCGGUAGGCCCUGGGACUGGAUUUCUAUACUUGGUUAAUCUUUAUUUCCUCUAUCAAUACUCAACAAGACUGGAAACAGGUGCCUUUGAUGGAAGACCAGCGGACUAUAUAUUUAUGCUCCUCUUCAAUUGGAUUUGCAUUGUUAUAACAGGCCUAAUAAUGGACAUGCAGCUGUUGAUGAUUCCUCUUAUUAUGUCAGUGCUGUACGUAUGGGCUCAGUUGAACAGAGACACGAUUGUUUCUUUUUGGUUUGGCACUAGAUUUAAGGCUUGCUACCUUCCUUGGGUGAUUCUCGGUUUCAACUACAUUAUUGGAGGAUCGAUUGUUAACGAGCUUAUUGGAAACCUUGUUGGACAUUUGUAUUUCUUCUUGAUGUUCAAGUACCCCAUGGACUUGGGAGGGAGGACCCUUCUCUCAACUCCGCAGUUUCUGUACCGCUUCUUCCCCAGCAGGAGAGGGGGGGUAUCUGGAUUUGGAGCUCCCCCACCUAGCAGGGGACAUGCAGCCGAUGAGCAGGCUGGGGCCAGGGGUGGCCGACAUAACUGGGGCCAGGGAUUCCAGCUAGGGGACAACUGAGGAAACCACCCAUUACAAGCAAAGACUUUAACUACUGUGCAAACAGACAUUAUUCAGAACACUAUGCGGUUUUGAACAACAGUUGUAUCUACCAUUCUGGGAUAAACGCAAGGUGCAGCAAUGUGUCCAGUCUUGAUGUCAGAGCAGCAGAAAAGUACUUUCUUUUUUUUUUUUUUUUGAUUUACCAUAUUACAUCACACUAUGUAUUUACAUACAUUGUCAACCUAACACAAACAAACACAAGCUUGUACACAAAAGUAGAGGCAAAUAAUUUGAGUUUGUUUGAAAGGUGUUUUUUAUGGAAAGACAUAUGCUUGCCUUUUACUGUGUUUUCAGUGCAUCCUUUCUUUUCUGUGUUUGCUACUUUUUGCUUCAGACGCAUUGUCUAAUGUUUUUGCUUGUUUGGUAUUGUAGCUUGGUAGCUAUUCAUUUAGCUACGUCAGCUGGUAGAUGGAGGUGAAAAUGUACAAUAUUUUUUUUUUAUAUAUGCUGUAUGAAAUUAUAAAAGUGGCUGUUUCUUCCAUGAUCUCUAUAUGAUUUUUCCAAACAAUAUUGUAAUUUAAGAAGGAAACCUGUUUUAAAUAAUAGUGUUGCACUGGUACAGGGUGCUUCACAACAACCGUUAAAACAAAGCCUUUUACUGGUAAACAUUCCCAGAUUCAAAUAUUUUAUAGUUGCCAUAAAUACAAAAGCUAAGCGCAGGGCACUGACAAUGGUCUGUCUGGGGUUAUGAAUGAAUGAAUAAAUUAAUUAAUUGUAUUAUGUGUUUGUACUGAUGUUCUUAUACUGGUCUUAAACUCUGUAACAGGUGGGGGAAUGUGACAUCUAUACUGUGCAUCCAGCGGAGUAUUUUCAGUUCCUAACUUGCUACUGCUUAGAUAAUUGAUUCUAAAAAUCACAGGUAAAGACGGUGUAUUACUGUGGCCCUCCUGUAAUAUUGAAAAAUUGAGUCUUUUAAAUCUGUUGGUAGGCAACAUAUCAAAAUGUUGUUUUAUGGUAAACUGUCAUAAAUGGGUCUACAAUGUAUGGAUACUAUUGUGUCCUAUUACCAACCAAAUACUUUUGUUCUUAAUGACUCGUAUUAAACCUGCCAUUGUUUCCCAAUGGGUAUUUAUUUGUUAGUCACAACUAAUACAGUGGAAAGAGGCCUACAUUGGAGCUGUCUUAAGGGUCUCGGUAUAAAAUCCAAUGCUGUUUACAUCAUUAAAUAGACCCUGCUGGCUUGUAUAAUGACACGAUUGACAGAGAUAUCUUCCAUUGGUGCUGAGGUUAUGUUUCAGUCAUUACCACCAUCAGUCAGUGAAGUCACAUGAAAACUUGCAUCACCAUCACAUCAUACAGUAUAUCGGAUAGAUGUAAGUUUUAAAAGCUCAGAUCUAUUACGUUUUUGCAAAAUUCUUGUAUGAUUGCAAUUUAUUGUAUUCAAAUGAGUGUAUUCACAGCAUGCAGGACUGUGAUCUUAAGUACUGCCUUUUAAGCCAAGAUACAGCAUGAGUGACUAAAGUCAUAAACAUGUCUAGAUUCAAAGCCCCCGUUAUGCCACCUAGUCCAUGAAAAUAAUCCAGACGUUGUUUUUGUUUUGUACAAAUAAUUCUCUUUGUAAUUGACUUUAAUAAUAUAAUUUUAAAUUAAAGCAAACAUCUUAUUACACAA